AGGAGACACAACAUGUUGGCUGACAACCCGAUCGGCAGCUUCUUUCUCCUCGCACAAAUCGGUAUUUUGGGCGCGGUCGUCUUUGUCGCGGGCUUCAAGCUUUUCAACUACGUCUACGACGCAAAGGAGCGCGAGCUCUUUGGGGACAGGAAGGCUCGCAUGCGCCCCGACGAUGCGUUUCCUGUGGAGCCGCCGCGCUGCCUCAAGGACUAA